UGCCCGUUAGUUAGCGUGUGGGCAAGCUAGCUUAGUUUACGUAGUGUGAACAACUAUUGCGUCGUAACACUAGCAGUCUUUUUAUCCAGCAUAACCCACAGCACAAGCGAAUUUAUAUCUGAAAUAUCCCAGCAAAUGUGUCGAAGUUGCCAUAUGUUACGGAAUUUCUUGCCGUUUAAAGGCAGGGGACGCAAACCCUGACGCGAUACGUUCAGACUUAAGCAAUGAGAUAACGGUGAUACUGUGCGGCCCAUGUGUAUGAGAGAGACGCCGAGAUGGAACAAAAUACCUAGCCUACUACUGUUACGCAUCUAUAGCAACUGUUUUCUUCUAGCAUUUUCAGUAUCAUUUGUAUGACGUCUUGUCUUUAACAUCAUGCUGUGUAAUACCGCUUGUUCGCCACUAGCGUCUCCUUAAAAUGUGGAAUCUAUUCAGAAUGAAGAGCCCGCACAGGCAAGAGUGCAAAAGGAUGCGGUGGUUACCAUGGCAAUGCUGGACCACACACACACAGCUGUGACCUCUGCUCCACGUCUCUCCCCACCCGAUGACCUCUGCUGCCACCCAUCAUGGCCGCUCCGAGGAAAUACUUGGUCCGAGACUUUAACCGCUAUAUCACCUGCUUCCUGUGCAGAGGUUAUCUGAUCAAGCCCACCACCGUCACCGAAUGCCUGCAUACCUUUUGUAAGAGCUGUAUUGUUCAGCACUUUGAGGAGAGCAAUGAAUGCCCACAGUGUGGCAUUCAAGUGCAUGAAACCAACCCAUUAGAGAUGCUAAGGCUGGAUAAAACACUUGAGGAAAUAAUAUUCAAACUUGUGCCUGACCUGAGAGAGAAGGAAGAACAGCGGGAGGUUGACUUCUGGAGGAAAACAAAGUCAAAAGGGAACGGUGAAGAUGGUCCUCUGCUCAAGAAGGCAAGACUGGGUGAUGAUGAUGACUGUGAUGAAGAUGGCGGUGGACGAGAUGGAGACUAUCAUAGGAGUGAUCCUCAGAUUGCCAUCUGUCUGGACUGCUUGCGAAACAACGGACAGUCAGGAGAAAGUACAGUAAAGAGCUUAAUGAAGAAAUUCAUCCGCUGUUCCACUCGGGUUACCGUGGGAACCAUUAAGAAGUUUCUCUGCCUGAAACUUAAGUUACCAAGUUCUUAUGAGCUGGAUGUACUGUGUAAUGGAGAGAUCAUGGGCAAAGACCACACCCUUGAGUUCAUUUACCGCACACGUUGGAGACUACAAGAAGAGAGCGCAUAUCCCAUGGUUCUGGAGUAUCGCCCACGAAUCGACUUUGGCUAAGAGAACAGUGUCACAACUUAACAGAACUGAUGCUGUAAGGACAAGGACUCCCAGGCGGACACAAGAAAGUUCACACUGACAAGCUGACUUCAUGUCACCCAUACCAUUCCUGUCUGUUUUGUUUUUUUUGUCACAAGAGCUGCUCUGGUAGACGCCCAUACAUGACUCUUGAGUAGUAAAAAUCCUACUUGAGUAGGAUAGUUUUUACUUACUCGCCUGGUAAAGCUAGAACACUGGUUUUACCUACUCAACAUGCAGACAUAGAGCACUGACAGAGCCUGACAUGAUGGCAGCAGCACAUCAACGACCCACUUUGCCAUGAUAACCCAAUGUUUUCUUUAAAGUAAGUAAGGACAGGUGUGUGUGUGUGUGUGUGUGUGUGUGUGUGUGUGUGUUUGUGUGUGUGUGUCCUGCAAACUUCCUGACACAUAAAAGAACAGGCGACUCAGCCCUGAAGCAUCACUUGUACAUUCAGGCUGGGAGUCCCGGUGGUGACGAAACCCUGCUCUCCAGAGUCCAGUUCACUCUGCAGUGAUUACACCAAGGAAGAUGAGAUGAAAGUUUAUGCCCCUUGGACUCUUCUCUUUUAACGCUUCCACUCCAUCACUUGGUCAAAUUAGCCUCUUCAGUUUCCUGCCAUUUCUCUAUAUACUUCUCUCUGUUUUUCACUCUUUCUUGCUCUCUCUCUCUCUCUCUCUCUCUCUCUCUCUCUCUCUCUCUCUCUCUCUGUCUCUGUCUCUCCCUUUGUCAUCCCUCUGUUAGUGCGUUUCUGUGCCUGUUGCAUCUGUAAUGGUGUUUUUUGGCAGAGUUGUGUGGUCCUGAUGGCUCUGGCUGACAGCUGAGACGACGGAUGGUUUCUAGUCACUGCUGAUGACACAAGAGGACGUGAAUGUGUCUUUCUCAAAACUGCAUCGGAUGGCACGUGCUUCGCAAAAGGCUUUCCCAUCAACUGCAGAGUUGGGGGAUGGUGAUUUACAUAUUCUAUUUCAUCUUUAGCGGCGUUUAGUUUGAGGAUUCCUCUAUUUAAUUCGUCUUUUGUCACAGUCUGAACAAACAUGUCUAUUUUCUUACUACAGAUAAUCCAAAUAACUACGCAAUGAUUUGGAAUAACUAAUCAGACCAAUAUGGUGUUUUAUUAUGUUCCCUAAUGUCUGUCUCAGUGUAGAUUCAAGAGACAUGAUAUUGACGCCAUUGCCGAAUUUAUUUAGUAUUGUCUGCAUUGUUCCUUAGAACAUCUUCCAUAGUUAUUCAUUCAGAUGAUAAGAUUUCAUUUUUAAAUAUUACAAACUUCAUGGUACAUAUUACAGAAUACAUCAUACAUUAUUUGGAAUCUGUGGGAUUGCAUAGGAUUUGAAUUGCACUGGUACGUUAAACUUAUAGUAGAUUGUAUGAAUCUGCAAUUGAUGUAGUUUUAUAAAGAAAUCACAAAACUGAAAGUA